AUGGGUAAAGCAGAAAUAGGAACCGCAAAGUAUGAGGCCAAGCGUCUCAAAGCCAGCGGUCUUCAAAAGUUGAAAUUUUACUGCCAGAUUUGUACAAAACAGUGUCGAGAUGCCAACGGCUACAAGAACCACUUAACCUCUAGAUCGCAUUUGGGGAGGAUCUCUAAUAUGGAGAAACUGGGAGAAACAAAAAAUGUUAUGGCUCAAUAUUCGCAGGAUUUUCAACGCGACUUUAUCAAUUUACUACGCGUUAAUCACGGUACUAAACCAAUUAAUGCUAACAAGUUUUAUCAAGAAUAUAUACGACAAAGAGAUCAUAUACAUAUGAACAUUACAAAAUGGAAAACUUUGACAUCUUUUGUAAGACAUCUUGGGAAAAACGGGAUUGUGCGUGUUACAAACACGGCAGUGGUCAAUGAACAAGGUGAGGCAGGAGGUAACGAAGAUACAGAACAUGAUGAUGAUGACGAAGAAGAAGAAGGGUUCAAUUUGGAGAUUAGUUUGAUUGAUGGGAAAAACUUUCUUGAAAAGAAACGCGACGUUGAUACAGAUGCCAAUGAUGUAGAUAGUGAAAUAGCUGAAAGGUUAUUGCGCAAACAGAUUGAGCGAGGGAAAAGAGAGGAAAAAAUUAGGAAAGAGUUGGAGACUAAAGGUGCCCAUUUUAUUGGAAGGAAACCUGAAGAUGAGGCUAAGGUUAUAGAGCUGCCUACAGUACUGACAGGGCCUAUAAAGAUUGGCAUAAAAAAGAAGAGUUUACCACGGACUCGCAAUGUCUUUGAUGAUGAUGAUGAUGAUGAUGAUGCCGAGUAG